CGCAACCGUUGAGGGCGUAGUUGCGCAAUCAUGGCGGCCUCCAAUGCCAGCAAGGUGCAAUCGUUGUACUCGGAGUUAAACAGAGCUGGGCAAAAUGGAGAUUAUCAGAGGGCUUUAAAUGCCGCUAAUAAAAUUUUGAAGGAGUCAAGAAAUGAUGAGACAGCGUUUCAUUGCAAGGUUGUGUGCCUAAUCCAGCUCUCCCAGUUCCAGCAUGCAAUUAAAGAAAUUGCCAACAAUCCUGCUUUGGCAAGUGGGCUGAUGUUUGAAAAGGCGUACUGCCAGUAUCGUCUGAACAGAAUACAGGAUGCACUGAAUACUAUCCAGGCUGUUGGCAACCCAAGCCCCAAACUCAAGGAACUCAAGGGCCAAGUGUUGUACCGGCUAGAGCAGUAUAAGGAGUGUCUUGAUGUUUACAAAGACUUGAUUAAAAAUACAUCGGAUGACUAUGAUGAGGAGAGAGCAACCAACCUAUCAGCCGUGGUCGCUGCUCUGCAACUAUGGCAACAGGAACCAGUGGCAGAUCUUGGGCUGAAGGAGGAUACCUUUGAACUGAGCUACAACAAAGCCUGUCUGUUGCUCGGCCAGGGGGAGUAUAAGCAGGCAUUGGAUCAGCUGGACCUGGCAGAAGAGCUGUGCAAAGAUGGUUUGGAGGAUGAAGCCGAAAUGACUGCGGAUGAGAUUGAGGCAGAGCUGGGCGUGAUCCACGUACAGCGAGCCUACAUACUGCAGCUGCAAGGCAAGACAGAGGAAGCCAUGAAGAUAUACAAUCAGCUCGUCAAGUCACGACCCUCGGACAUUGGCUUGAUGGCAGUUGCUUCCAACAACAUUGUCAGUCUAAAUAAGGACCAGAAUGUGUUUGACUCCAAGAAGAAGAUCAAGGCGACUACCGCGGACGGCCUGCAGCACAAACUCACCUCAAGUCAGCAGUCGGCCAUCGCUUACAAUCGCUGCAUCCUAAUGCUGUAUACCAACCAGUAUGAUCAGUGCAGGAAGCAGCUGCAGCAGUUGAGGGUGUCAUGCCCAGACAGCGACAUGCCGUGCUUGGUGGAGGCUGCGUUGCUCUGCAGGGAGAAACACAACGCUAAGGCAGUGCAGAAAGUCCGGGAUUACAUCAAGAGCAAACCCAGCGUUACACUGCAGGUCAAACUGACACUGGCUCAGCUGUAUAUCAUGCAAGGGAACGUAAGCGAAGCUUGUGAGGUGUUGCAGAAGUUGGACGCAGACACCUACAAGCCUGGCAUUGUGUCCAGCCUGGUGGCGCUCUACACUAACCUGGACAAUCCAGAGGGCGCUAUACAGGUGCUGGACAAGGCUGUCGAGUGGUACAAGCAAGAAGGGGAGAAACAGAGCGAGUUGAACACCCUUCUGAGAGAGAAUACCAACUUCAAGCUGAAGCAUGGCAAGUCUCAAGCUGCCGUCAGUAUGCUGGAAGACCUGAGAAAGGCAAAUCCAGAUGAUGUUAGAACCCUAGCACAGCUCAUCUCAGCUUACUCCAAGUUUGACCCCAAAAGAGCGCAGGAACUGAGCCGUGAGCUGCCCCCAGUGGCGGCCUUGUCAGGCGCGGUGGACGUAGACGCCCUGGAGACCACGCCCCUCUCCUUGGCCUCGCGCCAGAUGAAGAAAGCUGGAGGCAAGACAGAGAAAAUGGAGACGGCGGAGAGUAAGACUGCAGCAUCGAUCGUUAAGAAGAGCAGAAAACGCAAGAAACGACAUCUCCCAGCAAACUGUGACCCUAGUGUGACCCCUGACCCAGAGCGUUGGCUACCAAUGCGAGAGAGGACCUCCUACAAGGGCAAGAGAAAAACAAAGAAGGGAGCUAUUGGCAAAGGCACUCAAGGUGCUACGGCUGGCAGCAGUGAAAUGGAUGCCAGCAAGCCCAGUACCAGCACCCCCAGCUCCCCCCGCGCCGGCUCAGCUACGUCUUCCGCCCCGACGACCGCAUCUUCUGUGGCAGGCCCGUCACCUAGGCAACAGAAACAAGGAGGACAAGGCGCAAAGAAGAAGCAGAACAAGAAGAAGAAAGGAGGCCAGAAAUGGUGAGCCAGAGAAGACAUCAGAAGAAGACGGCAUGCUCAUGCCAACCCGAGGUCCAAGAUGGAUACUUGGAGAAAAUUUUAUUCUCUAUAAGUUCUAAAUUUUCAGAUUACUUGUUUUGCAUUGCAUAGGCAAUACACUAAAGGCUACACACGUCAAAGGGAAUAUACAACAUUUGAAAA